UUCCUGGCUGUCGCUCCCUUCCAGCCCCUGCCCUUUUAUUAGUGUCGGCUGUCCGCUGUGUGGUAGACGCUCCGCGAGAGGAAUACAACACUGACAAUGGGCCGCUUUAUGCCCAGCCCGCUGUCUCCCGCACGGGAUUCAUGUUAAGCGAUCAGGUCGAUCCGUCGGUGUACCUGAGUUGGUCGUGAAUGUCUCUCACUAUGGCUAAGCGCGAGAGUGGCAGUACCAGCCCGGUGGUGCGGCAGAUAGACAAGCAGUUCCUGGUCUGCAGCAUCUGCCUGGACCACUACCACAACCCCAAGGUGCUGCCCUGCCUCCACACCUUCUGCGAGAAAUGCUUACAGAACUACAUCCCGCCUCAGUCCCUGACGCUGUCCUGCCCCGUGUGCCGGCAGACGUCCAUCCUCCCGGAGAAGGGCGUGUCGGCCCUGCAGAACAACUUCUUCAUCACCAACCUGAUGGACGUCCUGCAGCGAGACCCCGAGUGCGGCAGCCGCCACCAGGCCUCCAGCGGCCUGGAGUCCGUCAGCGCCGUGGCCGCCGCGCAGCCACUGUCCUGCCCCAACCACGAGGGCAAGGUCAUGGAGUACUACUGCGAGUCGUGUGAGACGGCCAUGUGUCUCGAGUGCACAGAGGGCGAGCACCGGGAGCACAUGACCGUGCCUCUCCGAGACGUGCUGGAGCAGCACAAGACGGCCCUGAACGACCAGCUGGACACCGUCCGCAACAGGAUACCCCAGCUGACGGCCGCCAUCGACCUGGUGAACGAGAUCUCCAAGCAGCUGACGGACCGCAAGAACGACGCGGUGGCCGAGAUCAGCAACACGUUCGAGGAGCUGGAGAAAGCCAUGCACCUGAGGAAGAACGCCCUGAUCGCUGAGGUGGAGAACAUCUGCAGCACCAAGCAGAAGGUGCUGCAGGCCCAGCUGGCGUCGCUCCUGCGCGGCAAGGAGAACAUCCAGGCCAGCUGCAGCUUCACGGAGCAGGCCCUGAGCCACGGCUCGGCCACCGAGGUGCUGCUCGUGCAGAAGCAGAUGAGCGAGCGGGUGAGCGCCCUGGCCCGCCACACCUUCCCCGAGCAGCCGCACGAGAACGGCCACCUGGAGUGCCAGGUGGAGACGGAGGGGCUGCGGCGCUCCAUCCAGAACCUGGGCGUGCUCCUCACCACGGGCGCCGUGGGCCACACCAGCGUGGCCACGGGCGGCGGGCUGCGGCACGCCCUGGUGGGCCAGCCCACCACGGUGACGGUCACCACCAAGGACAAGGAGAGCGAGCUGGUGCGCAGCGGCAACGCGGCGCUGCGCGCCCAGAUCACGUCGGCGGACGGCACCGGCUGCCCCGACGUGGAGGUGGUGGACAAUAAGAACGGCACGUACGAGGUGGGCUACACGGUGCGCACGGAGGGCGAGUACAGCUUCUCCCUGCUGCUGUACCAGCAGCCGGUCCGGGGCAGCCCCUUCCGCCUGCGGGCCGUGAAGCCGUCGGACGUGCUGCAGUCCCCCGACGACGUCAAGCGGCGGGUGAAGUCGCCCAGCGGCGGCGGCGGGCACGUGCGGCAGAAGGCGGUGCGGCGGCCGUCCAGCAUGUACAGCACCACCAAGAAGAAGGAGAACCCCAUCGAGGACGAGCUCAUCUACCGCGUGGGAGCUCGAGGGCGGGAUAAAGGAGAGUUCACCAACCUACAAGGCAUCUCCACCUCCAGCAAUGGGCGAAUCAUUGUCGCCGACAGCAACAACCAGUGUAUACAGAUAUUUUCGAACGACGGCCUGUUCAAGAUGAGGUUUGGGGUCAGAGGUCGCUCCCCGGGCCAGCUGCAGCGCCCCACCGGCGUCACGGUGGACAUGAACGGGGACAUCAUCGUGGCCGACUACGACAACCACUGGAUCAGCAUCUUCUCUUCGGAUGGGAAGUUCAAGAGCAAGAUAGGCGUGGGACGUCUGAUGGGACCCAAGGGCGUGGCCGUGGACAAGAAUGGGCACAUCAUCACCGUGGACAACAAGGCUUGCUGCGUCUUCAUCUUCCAGGCCAACGGGAAGCUGGUCACCAAGUUCGGGGCCAAGGGAACUUCAGACAGACAGUUCGCAGAAAAAUGCGGUGCAAACAUAGCACCGGAUCAAAAGCUUAGUAAAUCUGGCCCCGUCUUCAGUCCUCACUUUGUAGCAGUGAACAACAAGAAUGAAAUCGUAGUGACGGACUUCCACAACCACUCAGUGAAGGUAUACAACGCGGACGGAGAGUUCCUGUUUAAGUUUGGUUCCCACGGCGAGGGGAACGGCCAGUUUAACGCUCCAACCGGUGUUGCCGUGGACGCCAACGGCAACAUCAUCGUGGCGGACUGGGGAAACAGUCGCAUUCAGGUCUUUGACAGCUCAGGCUCCUUCCUGUCCUACAUCAACACGUCUGCGGACCCCCUGUACGGGCCGCAGGGCCUGGCCCUCACGUCUGACGGCCACGUCGCCGUGGCGGACUCUGGGAACCACUGCUUCAAGGUGUACCGCUACCUACAGUAGGGGCCCCUCACCUCGACCAUCACUAGGGGCCCCUAAGCUCUUCCAUCAUAAGGAGCUCCUUACUGCUAAGAUCAAUAGGGCCCCCCCCCCCUCAAUGAAUACCAUCAAUAGAGGCCCUGGCAUCUACCAUUACUAAAGGCCCCUCACAGCCAUCGACGGUAGGGGCCCCUAAUUGCUACCAUCAAUGGAGGCCCUUACAGAUAUUAACGCUCGGGGCCCCUUGCCGCUAUCUAGAGUAGGGGACCCCUCAAAGUCAACACCCCAUGGAGCCAUUAGAGCUACAAUUGCCCGAGUCCCUUUUCUCCAUAUCCAGUAGGGGGCGCUCAAAGCCACCAUCAGAAGAGCGGCCUCACAGCUGUCAACAGGAGGGGCCAUUUAACAAUACCAUCGAAAGACACACACACACACACACACACACACACACACACACACACACACACACACACACACACACACACACACACACACACACACACACACACACACACACACACACACACACCAGAUCCCGUGCUAGCCUCCGGUGUGUGUUGGGUAGGGAGCGAUGGCGGUUUGUCCAGACUCGCAUUGAGCGUGUUCUAAACCUCGUAUUAAGAUCCGAGCCCAGGGGGGGGGGUGAAGAUGGCCCCUGUAAAGAGUAUAAUGAGCCAUACCUUGUCCAUAUGCAUGACGUUUCGUUUGGCCCCGAAUGCCUGGGCGAGAACACACACACACGCGCGCACACACACACACACACACACACACACGCGCACAUACUUUGACCCGGCUGGUCUGCUUUUACUAUAAACGUAGUUAGUGUCGUCAGUGGACCGAGCUGCGCUUCGCUUUUACCGCAACAGAUACACUUUGUAUAUGAAAAAUACAUAAUUUAUGAUGAUGAAAACCAACAACAUUACAUCUCGCUCUCCACACGCCAUCUGUGCAUUGAUUUGCUGUAUGUACUGUGUAUGCAUAAAUGUAUAUUGUGUAUAUUGCUAUCAACUCCGUGUAUACAUGUGCUACGAUUUUGAAACACACUCACACACAGUACACGCACGCACACACACACACACACACACACGCGCAGCCUUUUGGAUAGACCACAGCAUUUAAAGUGUGUAUGGCAGCUGUUCUUAAGUGUGUUUUUUGAGAAAUGUACCCAGCACAUGCUUGCAGAGAAGUAGUGUUUUCAUAUUUAUUGCAAAAUCUAAACAGCACAAUAUUUUUUUGGGAUGUUUACAUUUUUCUUUGUAUUUUUUGGGGGGGGGGAAAAAAAAAGAAAAAAAAGGGGGGCUAAUUUAAUUUAAUUUUUUACACUAGUUCAGCAUUUACAAAUUUAUUUUUCUAAUUUCAUAUCUUUUUUUUUGGGGGGAAGCAUCAAACUUUGCGUGGUGUUGAAGCACGAAUAGGUGGAUGAGUUGUAGUUGCCACAGUCCUGUUCUAUUUAGAUCCCUUGGUUGAUGAUGACUUCCUAGGCUAAGCCCGGGGUGGUCCAACCCAUUAUCUGUGAAGCCACCAUUUUUAGAAGCUCCGAUAUCCCCGGAACUGUGUGGCUCAUUAAUUUAGUGCAGAUCUUUCAUACUUAAUUACUUCCACACAUUGGAAAGACAAACAAUUUAUUUAUUUUCUCUUUACCAUGGUGGUGAAGAAAUUGGCUCUUCAUUGUGUACUGAUCUCAUUGUGGAUUUAUUUUCAAAUUUUGCUUUGUGGUCGAACGUCGUUGAAGAAAAUUUAGGUUGAUCUAAAGUGACCGGUAGACUUGUAGGAGAUGCUUCGCAAUGUAUGUUUGCUUCAUCAUCAGAACCCCUGUAGAUUACAACAGUUCAUCAUUUAUUAGAAGAGAUUAGCCAUCAAAUGCGCCGUCUAAUAUUGAUGGCAUUCAUGUAAAAUGAUGGAUUUCAGAGCUCCACAUUUCAUAAAUAUCUGUUUGCCUGUGUCAACGUGUUGAAUCACACCAUGACUGACGCCACAUGUCCCUCUGUCUCCCUCCGGUGUCUGUUUUGUGUAAUGUCCCUUGAGCGCUGGUGCCACAGCAGUAGAUGGACUAGGUACAUAUGAACAGAUGAACCCAAGAGGUUGGUUGAUGGUAUCAACCGACACAACUCCAGUCUCUUAAAGGGCCCCUAUUCUACCACCGGGGGUAAUGAUGAUUAGUCAUUUAAACAACAACCCUAUACCCAACAGCCGACCCAGUGAAUAUUAUCUAACUAGCUAGGUAGAGGCCGAGCUAGCCAUCGCACAUCUGUGUGGACACGUCCAUUUAUGAUGUCACAAAUGGGUUGAUUUUGUAACUGCUUAGUUGCUAAUCAGUAUUACAGGGGCCCUUUGAAGCUGUUGUAACACUGUCUAAGCAGUGUUCUAUAGAGUACUGGCUAGCAUUUUGUACGUACCUAAUCCAUUCUGUGACUUGUUGCCAAACGGAAGCCUCACACACCUUUUUUUACAGGUGUGCAAUUGGCUGCCCAUUAGCCACCAUUAGCCCAACAAUAUUAUCAAGUGUUCUUUUACACUCUUUUAACUUGUGUCACACCAAAUGAUUCUGUUUCUCUAUUAAUAUGCACUGGUAAUAAAAGCACAUGGUUUACGGAGA